UUUACGGGGUAGGAGAAAUUCCCAGAACAUCUACCUAACACCUGUUCGGAUACCACGGUGUCUGCAGCAUGGCUAGCUCGAUGGACUUCGGAAUUCCGGCUGGAGAUGAAAGCGACGCCAGUAGUGAUGAGUGGGACGUCGGCUCUUUCCCGGAAAAGAGUUAUUCUUUCAUCAAGAGUUUGGAUGAUGAUGUAACAGCAGAGGAUAACAUCUCUCUGCUGAAACGAGCCAUCAGUAAAGAAGACGUAAGCACUGUUGAGCAGCUGUUGGACAAAGGAGUGAACGUAGAAACCAGGCUGGGCUUCAACUGGACCCCUCUGAUGUAUGCUGUCAGUGUGGCCAACUACGACCUAGCCAAACUGCUACUGGACAGAGGAGCCAGUGCCAACUUCAGCAAAGGUAACUGGACGGUGCUCAUGGCCAGUUGCACCUCACGUGCCAAAGAAGGCAAAAUUGCACGCUGCGUGGAGCUUCUGUUGUCAAGGAAUGCUGAUCCCAACAUGGUGGACAGCUCACAACAAACCACCUUGAUGUUGGCAGCCAGGGAGGGCUACAGUAGGAUCAUAAACCUCCUGGUUUCCCACGGCGCUGAAAUCAACACCCAGGACAAGAACGGAUUCACGGCCUUGUUCAUAGCAGUGCAGUUUGGCAGAGAUGAGGCGGUGCUGAAGCUCCUCCAACUGGGAGCAGACAAAACUAUAAGAACAAAGAGUGGCGAAAGCCCUGCUGAUCUGGCUGAGAGGCUGAAACGCACACGGAUAGCUCGUAUUUUGGAAUCUUCAUCCCAGCUUUCUGCUGCUCAACCCCUCUGUUCUGUGGAGGAGAGUGGGUCUAAACUCCUCCAGACAAACCCAGAGUGUCUGUCUUCCAGGGCAUGUGCAACGGUGCUAGAUGAACUGGAGCUUCUCCUUCAUGGUCUAGAUCUGGGACACCUGACCAACAUCAUAACUGAAAAUGACAUCUCCUGGAACUACCUGUUGACCAUGGACAAGGAGGACUUUGAGAAGAUUGGGAUCACAGACUCUGGAGACCAGCAGAAGCUGAUGAAUGCUGUGAAGCAGGUACAGCAAGACAAAGUAGACUUGGAUUCAAUCAGUCAUCUGGGAGCAGUUGGUCCUGGGGUUGAAGAUCUGCUAAACUUCCUCCUAACGGUGAAUCAGCAGUGCUGCUACCUGACAGAAACCCUUCAGGAUGUUGCCAACCGUUUCCCUCGUCAGACCUCUCAGCUGGUCUUCUUUCUGGACCCUAAAAAGGAAGCUCAGAUGGCCUGUAACCAGCUGGUUCUUCAAACCAACAACCUGCAUAAGGAAGUCAUCUGCCUCCGCAAUCUGCUGCUCCAGGUGGAUGAAGCUACAGACGGCUGUCGGCUUCCUCUGCCUGGCUGUCAGAAAGGCUGGAGAUCCAUGAGCUGCUUUGCCGCAGGAAUGCUCGGAGCUGCCAUCCUCGUCCUGAUCUGCAGAGCUUCUGGUGGCCGCGGCUGCACACAGAUGUUCCAGAACGUCCUCUAAUCACACCUGUCCCAACGUUAAAGCCCCUGCUCUCUGGUCCGGUCUUUUAGAAAAGGCUUUUCAUGUUCAGGAAAACUUUUAUUUUAACCAAAGGCUUUCAACUAAUCCUAAUCUCAACUCGUUUUAAGUUUUAUGGCUUUAUUUGUUGUUUCAAGGUAUUUAUUUGGUUUAGUGUUUCUAAAAUACCAGAUGAUUGAUUGUUUUUCUUUAAAACAAUAAAAAGUUUUCAAACA